GUCUCCUUCCUCCUCUCCCCUCCCAGGAGCCCUGGCCGUGGCCAAGCCGCAGUGGGUCAUGCCGGGGGCGGUGGAAGGCCCCAGCUGGAAGCAGGCGGAGGACAUUCGGGACAUUUACGACUUCCGUGAUGUUCUGGGAACGGGGGCCUUCUCAGAGGUCAUCCUGGCAGAAGACAAGAGGACGCAGAAGCUGGUGGCCAUCAAAUGCAUCUCCAAGAAGGCCCUGGAGGGCAAGGAGAGCAGCAUGCAGAUGGAGAUCGCAGUGCUGCACAGGAUCAAGCACCCCAACAUUGUAGCGCUGGAUGACAUCUAUGAGAGUGGGGGCCACCUGUACCUCAUCAUGCAGCUGGUGUCGGGCGGGGAGCUGUUCGACCGCAUCGUGGAGAAAGGCUUCUACACGGAGCGGGAUGCCAGUCGCCUCAUCUUCCAGGUGCUGGAUGCCGUCAAGUACCUGCACGACCUGGGCAUCGUGCACCGGGACCUCAAGCCAGAGAAUCUGCUGUACUACAGCCUGGAUGAAGACUCCAAGAUCAUGAUCUCCGACUUCGGCCUCUCCAAGAUGGAGGACCCCAGCAGCGUGCUGUCCACAGCCUGCGGGACCCCGGGAUACGUGGCCCCCGAGGUCCUGGCACAGAAGCCCUACAGCAAGGCCGUGGACUGCUGGUCCAUCGGGGUCAUCGCCUACAUCCUGCUCUGCGGUUACCCCCCCUUCUAUGACGAGAAUGACGCCAGGCUGUUUGAGCAGAUCCUGAAGGCCGAGUACGAGUUUGACUCUCCCUACUGGGACGACAUCUCCGACUCCGCCAAAGACUUCAUCCGGCACUUAAUGGAGAAGGACCCGGAGAAGAGGUUCACCUGUGAGCAGGCCCUGCAGCACCCAUGGAUCGCAGGGGACACUGCCCUGGACAAGAAUAUCCACCAGUCGGUGAGCGAGCAGAUCAAGAAGAACUUUGCCAAGAGCAAGUGGAAGCAAGCCUUCAAUGCCACGGCGGUGGUGCGGCACAUGAGGAGGCUGCAGCUGGGCACCAGCCAGGAGGGGCAGGGGCAGACGGCCAGCCACGGGGAGCUGCUGGCACCGGCCGCCGGGGGGCCAGGGGCCGGCUGCUGCUGCCGAGACUGCUGUGUGGAGCCGGGACCGGAGCUGCCCCCCGCCCCGCCCCCCCAGCACUAGGGCCCUGAGUCAGGGCCCAGGCCCCUCGCGUCGGGAGAGUUGGGGGCUGCCUGUUGCCCUUCUCUUCUUGAGCUGGGGGGUUCCCCUGCCCACCCCGACCCCACCCUUUCCCGACCACUCCAUGCAUUUUCCAUACAAAUGUUUCUAUUUUAUUGUUCCUUCUUGUAAUAAAGGGAAGAGGAUAAACCCA